AUGUCCCUCGCGCAGCCUUCGCAGCUGUCGCAGCUGUCGCAGCUGUCGCAGCUGCUCCCCCUUCCAGAGGAAGAGCUCCAACAGGUUCUGCAAUAUGCCUCGACGCUUUCGAAACCGGACGCCGCCACGCACUUCAGCAACCUGCUAGGCGACUCGCCAUUGGCCGUGGACUUUAUUGCAUCUUUCAACUCGCAUGGAAGAGAACCGCCCGCCCAGGUCCCGACCGCACACCAAAGUGAGAUCGAAGCCGUGCCAAAGGCGAAGAGGGCGCCAAAGAAGAAAAAACCGGCCAUCCAUGUGCCGCAAGCGAGAAAGGUGGACGAAUACGCUGGCCCGGCAAGCAAGGCAUAUAGCAAGACGGAUUCGGAUUUUGAGUACAUUCCUCGGCGUGCAGGCACGCCGAGCGGCAGCAAUCCCGCCUCCAGAGCAGCAGGGACACCGCCGGUUCAGCAGCAGCCACAGACAAAGCCGAAGCAGCAUGCGCCAUCGGCGGGAUAUCUCAUCUCGGACGGCCCGCCAAAGGCCAAUGCCAAGGUCAAGGCCGCGCCCAGGGCCGCCUCAACCCCGGAGCCACCAGCCGAAGGCGCCGUGGCCAAAGUAUCGAUAGCAGGCGGCACCCCCAUGGCCGGACAGUCGGCUGCUCUCGCGGAUCUGGACGCCGCCAUUCGAGCCUUGGAAAUCACCACAAACCCCACGCUGGACAAUGGAAAGCGGCAAAGGUGCAACUGUGUGGCAAAAAGGCAUCCCCUUCAGGCAGCGGCGCCCAACUGCCUGUCCUGUGGCAAGGUUGUAUGCAUGAGAGAGGGAUUAGGCCGCUGCACGUUUUGCGCGUCCCCCUUGCUAAACCCGGCCCAAGUUCAGGCAAUGGUGAGGGAGCUCAAGGAUGAGCGAGGAAGAGAGAAGAUGGCAGCCAACGCAGCAUCGCAUCGAAGAGCCGAGGUAGCCAAGAAGCCGCCGCCUUUUACGACGGCACGAGGAGGAGGAGGUGGUGCUGACGCCUCUUCCUCCUCCUCUGGCGAAUCACUGACCGAGGCUGCCGCCAAGGCCCGAGAGCAUCGCGACAAGCUGCUCAACUUUCAGGCGCAAAACGCGAGACGCACAACGGUGCGCGACGAGGCUGCGGAUUUCGACGUCUCUGGUGCCAUGACUGGUUCGGGGAGCAUGUGGGCCAGCCCGGAAGAGAGGGCCAAGGAGCUCAAGCGCCAGCAAAGGCUCCUGCGAGAGAUGGAAUGGAACGCGCGGCCAGACUACGAGAAGCGACAGCAGGUGAUGAGCAUUGACCUCGCCGGGCGCAAGGUGGUUCGAAAGAUGGCUGCCAUGGAAAGACCGGUUACCCCCGAUGACUCUGACGGCGAGGCCGACCACCAAGGUGUCCUCGAGGAGAGGUCAGGCACCGCAAGCCAAACGGGCCGCAAGGCUGGAGGAGCGUUCAGCGGCAACCCACUACUGGGGGCCCUGCUAAGGCCUGUUUUCCGGGCAAGCGGCAAGGAACAGGACGCCGAUGCGGCCAGCACUCGACAACAAGGCAAAACACGCUGGAGGCGAGUGCAGGACGACUUGGACGACAACGAGGGCGUCAUUCUUGACGGAGGCGCACGUGGCCACACAAGGAGGGGUGUGGGCGUAGGGGGUAACAUGGACGAGCCGACGACCUGUGGUUAG